AUGCCCAUCACUCAUCUCCCGCUCGAUCAUCUACUCUCCUCGACCGCCCCUGAAGACUUCACCGCUCGAAGGCAGUUAUCCGACGUAUCUACUGCUAUAGCCAAAGCUAGACGGGUGGUCGUGGUCAGUGGAGCAGGGAUAAGCUGCAGUAGUGGUAUACCGGAUUUCCGAUCUGCCGACGGACUAUAUUCUUUAGUAAAAUCCCGAUACCCCGACUCCUUCUUCAGCGGUAAAGAGCUCUUCUCAUCUGGUCUCUUCCUAAACCCUCAGACAACUUCCAUAUUCUAUACAUUCAUUGCGGAACUUUCUGCAGAAUGUAUGAAAGCUCAACCAACCAAAACCCACCAUUUCAUCAAGAAAUUAGAACAGAAAGGUAAACUCCUUCGAUCCUAUACUCAGAAUAUAGAUGGUCUAGAACGUAGAUUAGGAUUGGAAUCUGGAGGUAGAGGACAAGGAUUCAAAAAGAGGGAAACUCGAAAUAUAGAAUUACAUGGUGAUCUCGGACGGGUCAGGUGUGUAUUGUGUAUGAAGGAUUUUGAUAGGACUUUAGAGUGGCUUGAGAUGUUUAGAGAGGGCGAGGCACCAGAUUGUCCGGCUUGUUUGGAGCGAUCACAAUCGCGUAUCAAUCGUUCAGCCCGAGCUACAUCUGUAGGAACCCUACGUCCCUCCAUCGUCCUCUAUGACGAGCCGCAUCCUCUCGGAGACGAUAUCGGAUCAGUAACUACAUAUGAUUUAUCCCGUCAACCCGAUUUACUGCUUAUCAUGGGAACUUCCCUGAAAGUACAUGGGUUGAAAAGAUUAGUGAAAGAAUUCGCUAGAUCAGUUCAUGCUCAUAAUUCAUCUACUACGGAUAGUAAGAACAAGAAGAAAGGGAUGGUGGUAUUUGUCAAUGCUACUCCACCAGCUGCGAAGGAAUGGGAAGGGGUGAUAGAUUAUCAUAUUCAGGGAGAGACCGAUAAAUGGGUUGAAAGGGUUGAGGAAGAAUGGAAGAAGAUUAAACCUUCUGAUUGGCAGACACAAACUCGAUUGAAUGGAGAAAUGGUUGUCACGGCUAAACCUAGGGCUAUCAAAGGGAAAGGUAAACCCAAGGCGAAGCCUCUUGCCACCAGCGACAUACCGAACCAGCCCAUCCAACUCCCUACACCUCGACCAACGGCUUCUCCACGCUCGCCUGCCAAACAUCAACAUCAAAAUCAACCUUCUUCGUCACCCAUCCCAUCAAAGUCGCAGUCAAAAUCGACUUCUCGCUCGACGCAAUUAGAUUUCGAGUCAGAUUCCGAACUGAGCGAUAUACCACCCACACCCCCAACACCAUUCUCGCCUAGUAAAAGGAGAUCCAACGCAUUUGAUAGUCCGAGUAAGAAGACUAAAUCGUUCGAUAAGGAUAUUCCAAUCACGGGUGUGAAUGCUACACCGGGUAAAGGUAAUUUGUUCGCUUUCAAUAGGAACAAUAGCACUGCAGUAACUGUCGAUGAGAAGGAAAAGGAGAAUGAGGAUGAUUGGAUAGACGAAUGGGAAGUAUUCAACGAUUCGUCGAAUAAAUCCAAGUCUACAUCCAGGUUGGAUCUUUUGGCCUCGGGUGGUCAGAAUCAUAGAAGUAGAACGAAAAAUAAGAUUUUGGGAGAAUUAGAAGAAAACAUAUUUAGCUCAAAUUCUGAGGAGAAUCAAUCGCUGCAUACUGCGAAAGCUAGAAUUCGAAGUACGAGGACGACCAAAGCUGUUCCGGUAGGCAGUCCGAGAGUAAGAAGGAUGAGGAAGGUUGCUACCAAAGCUUGA